UUGAGGAGUUGUUCUGCUCAGGUAGUCCGAAGCAGCCUUCCAGUCUCUAGUGGCGGACUAGUGCUUUCAUCAGGGUCCCCACGAGCGAGCGCUCAACCCUCCCUGCCGCGAUCGACAGCGUCGCCGACCAAACUUGUAGGAUGAAAACAUCCGAGUGGGGCCCGAUGUCUUCAGGCUCCGUGAAAUCCCUCGGCUGGCUUCUGCUGGUGCUUCUGGCGGCUCAGGUGCCAAAACCGGCGGGGGGCCACGGCAGGAUGAUGGAUCCGCCGGCCAGGAACAGCAUGUGGCGCUUCGGAUUCCCUAACCCAGUCAAUUACAACGACAAUGAGCUCUUCUGCGGUGGCUACGCAGUGCAAUGGAUGCAAAACCGCGGCCAGUGCGGAAUUUGCGGCGACCCAUACCACUUUGAGAGUCCAAGACCCCACGAGGCAGGUGGGCAGUUCGCGAAAGGAAUCAUCGGGCGGCACUACAGCGUCGGCCAGGACAUUGAAGUGGAAAUCGAUCUGACCGCCAACCACUGGGGCAGAUUUGAGCUCAAGUUGUGCCCAGUCAACAACGCCAGACUGGAGGCCACACAAGAGUGCUUCGACAGGUAUCCGCUGUACAUCUCUGGGACCAGGGAGUCGGUGUUCACCAUCCCCUUUGACACCGCAAAGAAGGAAGUUUUCCGCUACAGGGUGCGUCUGCCCCCGUAUGUGACGUGCUCGCAGUGCGUGAUGCAAUGGACCUACUACACCGGCAACAUGUGGGGCACGUGUCCCAACGGCACCGAGGCGGUCGGCUGCGGCCUUCCCGAAACCUUCCGCAACUGUGCCGACGUCACCAUCACCACAAGCACGUCCGGACUUCCACCGGCCUUCGUCGAACAGGACAACCCCUUCCUGUUGUACUACAGGGAUUACUCCAGGAAGAACACGAGGACGCACGAGUCCUACUCACUCGAGCCCCUUAUCAUCAGAUCGCAACGAUGCAGAGCAACCAGGAGAUGGUCCAGGAAUAUCGGAAUGGAUGAAUGGUGCAAGGUCAACUGUCUGCGCUACCCUCCCAACUGCCCUCCAGAAGUUUGCGAGUGCCCGACCGAUUGUGAGGCCAUUGGUGAACUUGAAGGACGCACCGGCGCUGACGUUUACUGCUUGGACAAGUGUCUGGUCAACGAUCCCGAUUGUCCUCAGGACCGCUGCAGAUGUUUCUGAAACCGAUACAAAAAAAAAAUGAGAAUCUGAUCGAAUAGAAUUCUGAUCCACAAGGGGCGAAACCAUGUGAUUCCGCUUAUAUAAAUCCGGCCCAUUGAAUUGUACUAUACAAAAAACACAUAUCCUUAAGCGCCACAUAAUAGAAUGUUACCAAAUUGUUUGCUCAUUUACUCUUUAAAGUUUCCUCUGUGAGAAUCACACUGCAGCCCCAGCCAUAAAUUUAAACUCGCGGCGCUAAAUAAUGUGAAAGUCUCUCACUUGUCUCAUUACAAGAACAUUCGCCUCCUGUGCUUCUUCGCACCGUGAACAAUCCGACGAGGCAUUCAGGACGCGGAUUUUAUUUUUCUGAAUAAAAAAAAAUAUUAUAAGAUUUUAAUGAGACACUUUAGAGACGAUCAAGUGAAGUGUAGCAUUUAGUAACUUAUUGUCUCGUGGUACAGAUGCGAAAAAUUAAUUAAUUUUUCUUCACUUCAAAAUUACGGAGGCACCAGAAUGACAUAUUUUUUUAGCCAUCAACUUUAUAUACUUUUCUUCUAUUGUUUAACCCAAUAUUACUGAUAAUCAUCCAACUGAUUUUGAUGACCACUUGGCUCUGAUACAACUGAUGCGUAUAUUUUUAUCAACCGUUUUUUUUACAACUUCAUUUGUGCAUGAAAACAUGGUCUACAAUUUUGAAUGCAUUUUUUUUUCUAUUUGAAGUGUUAAGGAAUAAAAACCAUUUAAAAUCAA